AUGUCUAGUGUUUACAUUGAUAUAAGAGAUGACCAAUGGCCUUUAAUUUAUGAUGAGAAGUAUAAUGUGUCGUUUUGCGGCUUUGAAAAGUUUCAUGUGUUUGAUGCAAAGAAAUGGCGUAAUAUAAUACAGCAUUUGAUUGAGGCCAAUUUUAUAACAAAAGAAUGCUUAGUAAAGCCACUUGAAGCCAAAGAGAAUGAACUUCUUGUAGUUCAUACUAAAAAAUAUUUGAAAUCUCUUAAAUGGAGUGGUAAAGUUGCAAUGAUUGCAGAAGUGCCAAUAGUAGCUUGUUUGCCGAAUAUACUUGUCCAACAUGCUUAUUUGAAGCCAAUGAGAUUACAGACUGGUGGAUCAAUUCUAGCCGGUAAGCUUGCAUUAGAGCGUGGUUGGGCAAUAAAUGUAGGUGGUGGGUUUCACCACUGCAGUGCGGGCAAGGGGGGUGGGUUCUGCCCUUAUGCAGACAUCACUCUACUUAUCAAGAAUUUGGUCUUACAUCGAAGUGUACAAAAUGCUAUGAUUGUUGAUUUGGAUGCUCAUCAAGGUAAUGGCUACCAACGCGAUUUUCUCGGCGUGCCCGAAGUGUACAUAAUGGAUAUGUAUAACCGUCACAUCUACCCCAAAGAUGAAGAAGCUAAAAGGGCUAUUCGACGGAAAAUUGAACUGGGAAAUAAGGUGGAAGAUUUGGAAUAUAUGCUUAAAUUGCGAAAGAAUUUAAAGGCGGCUCUGAAGGAGUUUAAGCCUGACAUCUUGGUGUACAAUGCUGGCACUGACAUACUGGACUCUGAUCCACUAGGACUUAUGAGGAUCAGUGAAAUUGGUAUUAUAAAACGCGACGAGUUCGUGUUUGAAAUGUGCAAAGAGCAAGAGAUCCCGGUUGUGAUGCUGACGAGCGGCGGCUACUUGCGGCGCACCGCCCGUAUCGUCGCCGACUCUAUUAUCAAUCUGAAGAACAAGGGCCUCAUCGGGAUCGCACCCAAGACCGUACACAAUGCGGAGAGGUAC